GAGGAUCCUUUGAGCCUUGGUCUGAAAAUUAUUUAAUCUAAGACGAGCCGGAAAUAUUGGACUUAACCUUUUCUUGACUUGAGCCUCCAGAGCUAAAAGAUGCCUCAUUUGACAACACUAUGGAAGGCAAUUGUCUUGUCUUUUAUCAUCAACUACUUUCUCGUGAGCGCAGAUGUUGAAUCCACAACGGUCAGCGAUAGUCUGGCUAUGGAGACAUCAUAUGAGGAUGAUGAUUUAAUUCCCAGUUUUAUUUUGCCAAAGCACAUUUUCAAUGAAGGAAAGCCAUUUUAUGUGGAUAAGGAUCCCAUCUCUGGCAAAUUGGAUUUUAGCUCGAAGAAGUCCGCUGGAUUGGAAAAUUUCAUCAGUAAUGUGGCGGAUGGGAAUAAAGAAAAAGCCACAGAUAUUCAUCCGCCUGGCCCAAAUGAAAUCACACCAAAUUUUCAUGAUUUUCUCAAUCUUCCAGUGAAAUAUUCAAGUGCAAAAUCCGUCUAUCCACUGGUAUCAUCAUCAUAUGCCAAUCUCAAGUAUCAGGGAAAUAAUAAAAACUACGUGAGCAAUCAUAAAAAUUACACAACCAGCACGACAUCCAGUCCAAAAUACUACACAAGUUCACAGAAACAGACCACGACAACAAAAUUAUUCAGCAGCACGAAACCUUUCACUUCGACAAUUAGGUCAACUGAGAGACCAACAACAUCCACCACGAUCACUACAACACCAUCCACGACUCCCUCAACAUCCUCCAGCACCACGACCACUUCUACUCCAAGAACUGAAACCACUUCCACCACCACAUCAACCACUGCCUUCCGGAGAAGACCAUCCCAGAGUACAUCUUCUACAACUCUAACUACUCCGCCAUCCAGGAGGACCUAUCCCACAACUGCAACCCCAACCUAUGCCACAAGACCUACCAGGCCUACUAGGGGUCCUAUUAAAUAUGAGUACACUCCAAAGCCAACCUUUGAGGAGACCCAGAAAAAAUCCACAGAGUUCAAAAAAUCCACAGUGGAACUCCAUCGAUCAACAAGUCCAGUUCCUCCUUCCACAACAACAACAACUCCAGUCAAAUCUUCUACUUCUAGUCCUUCACCAUCAACUCCCGUGUCCAUUCCCAUUCGCUUCCCUGCCAAUUCCGAGGCAUCCCUGAAUACCGAGAAAAAACCCAUGACUCUGUCUGAUCUCUUCAAUUCCUUCUCGGAAGACGAAGAAGAUGAGAUUGAUGAGGAAAUUGCCACAGAUUCCAAUGCCAUUCAGCAAGAAAACAGUAGUGAGAGAGUCAAAGAUCACCAAAUCACCCAAAUAAAGAAUUCCGGAGGAGCCCAAUUCCAGCAUGAUGACUACGUUAAGUACGAAGUCCAGAGGCCCAAUCUCAAUGUCAUGCCCUAUCAACCGGUGUCCAGCAUGAAUAAUAUUGUCAUCUCUCCUGACCAGAACUCAGCAUCAUUCGUCCUGGGUAGUCAGCAGGCUGUGGGAGAAUCCCAUGGAGGUGGAGUCUUUGUGGGAAGUGCUGAGCAAGCACCAAUUUUCGAAGGAAAUUCCCAACGUCCACAUGGAUUCACCACAAUGCCCAGCAUUCAGAUCAAGCCCCAUGAGUACAAGAGUACCAGUGUUCGGUUUCCCAGUGCCACAGAUCAGCAAAUGGAAGCCUUCGAGAAUGCACCAGUAAUCACAGGGACUUACAACAAUGAAAUCACAAUUCCCAAUGGACAUUCAGCACCAGUAGCCCUGCCCCAUCACCAAAUUGUGGUUUUCCCGCCAAAUGAGAAGCUCCCCGUGGCCACAGUCAAUGCAGAAUUGGGAUCUAAUUUUGACUCGAAACAAGUUGGCACGAGAAUUGUCUUUGGCAGCGAUGAACCCAUCCAGCAGCCCAGUGAAAAUGAUUUCCAGCAGCAGAAAGCACCUUCACUGCCCGAGAAUCUCACACCACCCCUCGAAGGAGCACCAGUACAGCACCAACACCAGCAGAGACCCAAUACUCUUCAGAAUAACCAAUAUAUGGGCUUCAACAGGCCACAUCCUCCACCACAUUUCCUCUAUGGCCACGAUAGCCAUCGCAAGGCCAUUCCUCCUGCCCAUCGGCCAAUUCUGGACAGGCCUCUGCCAAAUAUUCUUCCACAAUUCCGACCUAAUGCCAAAGUGUCCCAUGGGCAUCCGUACAACAAGGAAGUCGGAGUUCAGAGAGUCUCUCCGCUCAAUGGACCCAGACGUCCCCAGGACAUUGGAAUUCACCAUCCAGUACCACCACCACCACCCUCAUUCCCAAUCAGAAGAACUCCCCUGCCCAAUCACUUCACCUCGAAGAUUGCUCCUGGAGUGAGGCCCAUUGAUUUCAAUCACAGUGAACCCAAUAGGAGGAUCUAUCGACUACCACCACCAAGAAUGCCACAAGGCUCCAUCCCUGGACCUGAUCGCCUCUAUGCUCAGUCCCUGCCACCGCGAAAGUUUAUCGAUGGUUUCCCCGUGGCUCCGGAUGCAAUGCCACCGCCGGCACCUCCACGUGGGGCAAUGCCUCCCCCACCCCCGCCUCCCUAUGAGAACGACAACUUCUACAAGCUACCCCCAAGGUCUAAGCUGAUGGAGAGGAAUGAUCAGGAGAAGCCAAAACUAGAACCCGUGGUCACACUGCAAAUGAUGCAGACCAAGAAGCUAUUGCAAGGAUCUGGAAAUAGCCAAGCUCAGAAUGUGACUGCGGCGAUAAACGUUGGCCAGCCUCAGCAUGGCGUAAAGCUCGGUGGAAGCGAAAAGAGUCCCGUCUACGUGGUGUAUCCAAUUAAAUCUGGCUCAGAUACAGAAGAUCCCAUUGUAAUUGGCCAGAGGGGAGAUCAGCUGCCAUUGCCUCCGUCGGAAAUUGGAUCAAUAUCCCAUACUGGCGGAGAAUAUCAGAAUACCCCAUUUACUAUCAUUCAUCACGAGCAGGAGCCAAUUCUGAGUGCUAAACACAAACUCCAUGCCAUUCCCAAACCACCAAAGACUCAUUUCCCUUACUUCAUGGAGCAGCCCGAUCCCAAGUCUGUGGAGAUGGGGAAGGUUUCGACAACGCUGAAGAAGGUGGAGGAGCAACCGCACAGCGUGUACAAUAUUGGUGAGGAACCCCUUGGGCCUCCGGUGGAGCAAAAAAUCUCCAGCACCCUCACUCGAGUCACUGACCGACCCAUAGCCAUAGCUUACACUCCCACAGAGCCCAACCACUACAGACGCCCUGUGGAUCAGUUCCCGAUGCCCAACUACGGACAUCAUCAUCCCAUUGUGUCGGAGAUCCGGGAUACCCAGACAGAGGCAUCUUUCACGCGGGACGAGAGUGAAUUCCCAGUGAGAGAUGAACACUACGAGCAGGAUUUCCAGGCUCCAUUCUUCCCCAGCAUCAACCUUGGCACCGUUACGGAUCCCUAUAGAGGUUGGUCUAUUGUGGGCACCACCCAGAAAACCAUCUUUUCAGGGCCUCCCCCAUCAUUUCCAGACACCACCAACAACAAAAUCGACCGAGCUGAUGUAGAUAUCAACGAGACAGAAUUCAAUUCGGCUGAACUGGUGACGAAGAGAUUCGAUGCCGAUGCCUUCCAGCCAGAAUAUCUCAGUGGUUUCAAGCCUAUCUAUCCCUCAGAUCCGCAUCACUCGCAAAAUAUCCAACAAUCGAGUACUGAGAUCCGAGAGACUUCUGCUUCGACCACGGAGGAGAGCCCAAGAACAGAGGAGCCUCCAAUCAAGUCAGAAAUGAGCAGUUUCGAACAGACCCUGGAUGCCCUCUUUGGCAGCAUGGAUGACGAUGAGGAAGAUGGUGAGUCAUUUGACGAGGACAACAUGGACGUGGACACAACUACCACAGACAAGAGAUAAAUAGAGGCAGGAGUUGGAGUAUUUUUUUAGGGAAAGAACUUAUUCGUAAGAAAAAAGAAAACAAUUUAAUUUAUUUCAAUAAUUUUAACAUUGAAAAUCAUCCGUUGCGAACAAAUUGAUGAGAGAGAGAUUAAUGAUUCUCAGAAAUGGGAAUUUUGGCAUCUCUCCACGAAUAAUAUUGCGAACUCAGACUGAUUUCUUGUAAUAAUUUAUUUAAAAGAAAAAUAAAAAGAAAGCAAAGAAAAAAAAGAAAA